AGCAGCAGCAGCAGCAGCUGCCACCCCAAAAUUUGCCCCUUUCUGAGGGUUUCUGCCAGCUUCCAGCAAGGGACCGUUGCCCCUGGGGUCCCUGGCAAGAGGGGCACCCCCUUUUUUGCCAUGCACCCCUUCACCCGGGUGAGGGGCUUCAAGGUCCAGCUGGAUGGCCACCUCGGUGGUGGCACCGUCUACCGGGGCGGAGAGGUCCUCUCCGGGCAGGUAGUGCUGGACGUCGCCAAGAGGGUCAAGGUGAGAGCGCUGGCCGUCUGCGCCCGUGGUUUGGCCACUGCCCACUGGCUGGAGGGCAAGAGCGUGGGCAUGAACACCAUCUACAGCGACUACACAGCCUUCCAGACUUACCUGAGAAGGAAGACGCACCUGAUCCCAGACAACGGAGACGUCACCGUCCUUCAGGCCGGACGACACGAAUUCCCUUUUACUUUCCAGCUGCCAGAAUCCUUGGCCACUUCCUUCGAGGGAAAACAUGGGAGCGUUCGCUAUUGGGUGAAGGCCAAGCUCCACCGUCCCUGGGCUUCAGUCAAGAAAGCCAAGAAGGAUUUCACCAUUAUUGAGCCCAUCGAUAUCAACACGCCGGCGUUAUUGGCUCCCCAAGCCGGUGCCAAGGAGAAGCUGGCACGCGCCUGGUAUUGCAACCGAGGGCUGGUCUCCGUCUCGGCCAAGAUCGACCGGAAAGGCUACACCCCAGGCGAGGUGAUCCCCAUCUUUGCCGAGAUCGACAACUGCAGCACCCGGACGGUGGUGCCCAAGGCGGCCAUCAUCCAGACGCAGACCUUUGUGGCGCGCGGCACCAAGAAGCAGAAGAAGUCGGUGGUGGCCUCCAUGGUGGGCGACGCCAUCGCGGCCGGCAAGAGGGAGGUGUGGCACGGCCGGGCCCUCAAGAUCCCCCCCGUGGGACCCUCCAUCCUCCAGUGCCACAUCAUCCACGUCGAGUACGCCCUCAAGGUCUGCAUCGAGAUCCCGGGGACGUCGAAGCUGUUCCUGGAGCUCCCCCUGGUCAUCGGCACGAUCCCCCUGCACCCCUUUGGCAGCCGCACCUCCAGCGUCAGCAGCCAGUACAGCGUCAGUCUGGAUUGGGUCCGGAUGGGAAUUCCCGAAGAGCCCGAGGCUCCUCCCGAAUACUCGUCCGUCGUCUCCAGCGAGGGACCCCUGGAGACCCUCUCGCCGCCCAGCCAGGACGGCGCCCCCCCAGGCGUCCUCGAAGGGCCCUUUUUCGCCUACAUCCAGGAAUUCCGCUUCCGGCCGCCUCCGCUCUAUUCCGAGGUGGAUCCCAAUCCCCAAUCGGACGCCGCCAUCCGCCCCCGUUGCAUGACCUGCUGAGAGGCGCCUGCCAUUGGAUCUCUUGGAAUGGAUCUCUUUUGCUUUCCCGGGAACGGGAUCUGGCGAGGAAGGAGGAGACCCCGCAAUCUGGGUGCGAACGAGGAGAGGGGC